CGGACCCAAAACCUGAAACGCAUCUUGACUUUUAUCUAACAACUCUGACAGGGCCCAAAUCAUAUACCUACCGGGUAACAAUCAAAAUUCCCAUUCAGAUGCUCCGUACGGAUUACAGUGAAAUACAAUACAACAAUCGAAUCUUAUUUACGGAUCAACUGUAAAUGUACUUGGGCCUUUUUUAUCAUCGCCCAUUCUCCCUCCCUGUUCUUGGAGCCUCAUCCGCAGGCCGACUCUCUCUCACGAAAACCCUUCGAUCGACUCUUUUUCCUUCAUUUUUGGGAUUGCAGCGAUGCCGUCGGAUCAUGAUGAUGUUCAGUCGUCAUCACACGACAAGGCCAAAGCACCGCCACCGCCGCCGCCGCCUAAACCAAAGUCACUAACGACGGGCCAACCAACGAACCCUCAGUCUUCCUCGAGAAGUAAACGAGGUCUCGGAUGGCCGUGGGAUUCUCCGGCUUCCCAAUUCAAACUAUACACGCCAUACUACUCGACCGGCAAGGUCAGCUGGGUGUUCAACUGGGAGCUGUGGGUGCCGGAAUCCAUCCCACUGCAGGUCGAAUGGAUCCCCUGUGUCCGGACGGCGGCCAACGUCAAGGACAUCGACGCCUACCUCAGCGACAUCAUCCUCGGACGGGGGAUCAAGACGGAAGCGCUCCUCGGCUUCAACGAACCCGAGAUCCACGACCAGGCCAACCUCGGCGUCGACACCGCCGUGGACCUGUGGCGGCACCUCCUCGCGGCCAAGAGCAAGUUCGGCUUGAGACUGGGCAGCCCCGGCAUGAGCAGCGACGUGUCGAGGAGCGUCCCCUGGCUCACGCAGUUCUUGUCGCGACUGGGCGGCGAGGACGGGAUCGAUUUCCUGGUGGUGCACUGGUACGGGCCCCGGUUCGAGGAUUUCCGGACGUUCCUGGAACACAUGCAUUCCACCUUCGACCUGCCGGUGUGGGUGAAUGAAUUCGCGUGUUCGACCAUGGGUGACGGCGAGGCGAGCCGGGACGAGGUGGUCGCCUUCAUGGACGAGGCCCUGCCUUGGUUGGACCGGUGCGAAUGGAUCGAGAGGUACGCCUACUUCGGACACGGACAGCACAAGGACGUCGGGUCUUGGGUGGGACGAGGGAGUAAUUUCACAGCGGCGGCGGCAGUCGACGAGGAAGACACGGCACCGGGCGCGCGGAGGUUGAGUAGGGUCGGGAGACAUUACUGUGAGCUGUAGUAGCGAUGGUCUCUUCCCACUCUCCUCCUCCACUUUUUACCACUCUCUGGCCAGGCCAGGUCAUGCGAACCGAAAAGGAAAAGUCAAGACAAAAGGACUAGGUCAGGACAAAGCAAAGAUUAUAUACGGACCCGGAGUAUGUGUACACGAUGUGAUGAUUUUACGACAUGUAACACCAGGAUUGAAAAAUGUCGAUCGUUGGAUGGGAUUGUUUUGAACAAGAGUACAGAAUGAGUACCCGAGGCAGGCAGUUUCUUAAGAUAGUGUCUAUACAAUUUUGUAUUUCUUUU